GCUGAUGAAGCCCAGGAAAAUCUUGUCCUUGCCGAGGCCAAAAAUUUAGACGCUGAUGGUCUUGUGAACUUCAUCACCAUCAAUGAAGUCCGAUACGUCACAGAAUAUAAUCAAGUGGUAGGUCCAACUUUGUGUUUCCUUCUUUACAAAAAUGUACAUUUUUCAAAAGCAACUGCGGGUACCUGUCAUGUUUGGCAUCCCUUCUUUGAACAUGACAGCCCGGUACACGUGGAUUAUAAUGAUCAGUCGCAGAAAUCUGCUGUUUUCUGUCUCCUCAGACUGCAGUGGGCUUGUUCAACUCAAAGGUGAAGUCACAUCUCCUGCUCUUUGCCAACAGAGGUACAAAAGAAUUCAGUGAGCUCAAGAAGAAACUGCAAACUCUUGCACCCGAAUUCACAGGAAAGGUAAUCACCAAAAAUUACCGAGAGAUAUUUACACUUACGAGGUAAAUUUAUCGUAUCUACAGUAUAAGUAGCUUGAUGAGAUCCAAAAACUCCAUUUCAGUUCUUGUUUGUGGUCAUUAAUGGAGCUGUGAAGUCCAACUCUCGAUCUUUGAGCUACUUCGGUCUCAAGUCUCAGGGCCUCCCGCGAGUUGGUAUCUAUGACGGAGACUCUGACAUGAAAUGGCUCCUUCCUGAGGGAGAGAUCUCUCCUGAACGAGUGCAAGAAUUCUGUCAGUCCUUCCUACGAGGGGAACUAAAGGUGAGCAGAAAUGACGGUUUUCCUGAACGAAGUCGAAGAGGAUGAUGACCAAUAGUCACUCACACCUUUCCUCUCUAAGACCAAAUUCUUUCUGUCCAUCUUGAAGAGUCUGUAUGGUUUAAAAAGAGGUGAACUUGAUGAAGCUAAAGGUUUAGAGUGUUUCAUUUUUUUGCUUUAUUAUUCUAAGAACUUUUUUGUGCUUUCCAGGAUGUGAAGCAGGCUGGUGCAGAACCUAAAACGGAGCUGUAA